AUGGGCGUCCCGGAAGGAGCGAGCAAGCUGUACCUGAGCCAGUGAAUGACAGCAGCGCCUCCCGCCGGUCGUGGUCGCUGCCGCGGCACCGCCGGUGUCUAGAGCCUCCUGUCAGCUUGCCCACCGGGAGGGCGAGUGGCGCGCCUCCGUGCCGCGCCUCCCCGCGUGUCUGUGGCCCAGCGGGGUCUCCCCUGCCCCGCUGUCCCUCCGCUGCUGUCGCCAUGGGCAGCGAGCAGAGCGCGGAGGCCGAGAGCCGCCCCGGCGAUCUGAACGCCUCAGUGACUCCAUCUCCGGCUAAACAUCGAGCCAAGAUGGAUGACAUCGUGGUGGUAGCUCAGGGCUCUCAGGCCUCAAGGAAUGUUAGCAAUGAUCCUGACGUCAUCAAGCUGCAAGAGAUCCCAACCUUCCAGCCCCUUUUAAAAGGGCUCUUGAGUGGACAGACAUCCCCAACAAAUGCCAAACUGGAGAAGCUAGACUCUCAGCAGGUGUUGCAGCUCUGCCUCCGGUACCAAGAUCACCUGCACCAGUGCGCAGAGGCAGUUGCUUUUGAUCAGAAUGCUCUAGUCAAGCGAAUCAAAGAGAUGGAUCUGUCUGUGGAAACCCUCUUUUGCUUCAUGCAGGAGCGCCAAAAAAGAUAUGCCAAGUAUGCGGAGCAGAUCCAGAAGGUGAAUGAGAUGUCGGCCAUCCUGCGCCGCAUCCAGAUGGGCAUCGACCAGACAGUGCCACUGAUGGAGAGGCUCAACAGCAUGCUGCCCGAGGCGGAGCGCCUGGAGCCCUUCAGCAUGCGGCCCGAGCGGGAGCGGCUCUAGCAGGCACCUGCCUCC